GGAGAGGGUUUGAGUAGCUCUCGCAUGAUCCCUUGCGUGUGUAACACCGCAGUGUUAAGCAUACAGUGACUUCAUUAAAUCACGCCUUAAACUCCGGGAGACCGGACAGGGACGUGGCUCUCUUUUCAAGUCGUGGGCGUUCCAGAAGUUUGCAUUUCCGGUUAAAAUCACGGCAAAAAAGUACGUGCCUCGCGGAGAGAAGAGUCGGCGAAGCCCUGCUGCGAAAGUGCUAAGGAAGAGAGCACGCUAUUCCGUUGUACGCGCUGAAAAAGCAGGAGUCAAACGAGGGUCUUACGCUGCACCGUUUAGUAGGAAGUAACAGCGGUGAAAAGUGAAUGUGAGGCUCACAGGCCUACGAUUUCUCGCCGUUUUUGCAGCAGUUGAGACCUUUGGAGUCUUUCGACGCACUUUUGACUUGACUAUUUCCGUAUAGUGGACUAACGCUUCCUACUUUGCAUGUUGAUCGAACUGCCAGAAGGGUCCCAUGGUUUGGCUGUGGUGUGCUCUCUACCAUGCCUCCCGCCAUGACGGAUCAGUUGGAUGUGUGGUCAGAUCCAGGGCUGGAUGGAGACGACCAGGUAACUGUGGAUUUCUUGUUGCCUACUGGAAUCUACAUUCAGAUGGAUGUUCCCCGAGAGAGCACCAUCCAACAGAUCAAACAGAUGUUAUGGAAGCAGGCACAGGCAUACCCCCUCUUCUCCCUUCUAGGGGAGAUAGAUAGUCACAUCUUUGAGUGUGUGAACCAGGCUGCAGUGCAUGAGGAACUGGAGGACGAGAGCAGGCGGCUAUGUGAUGUUCGGCCAUUUCUACCUGUCCUUAAACUCAUUACUCGUAACUGUGGUCGUGCUGAACGGCUGCUUGACUCCAAGAUUGGGGUGCUCAUUGGAAAAGGAUUACAUGAGCUGGAUGCUCUGCAGGACCAGGAAGUAAAGGAUUUUCGGAUCAAGAUGCAACGAAUCAGUGAAGAGAAAAUGCAGCGUGUGCAGACCAUGUCAUGGGGGGAAUGGCUUCACAGCUGCUUUCCUCCACAAAUUGAGGCCGGGCCAUUUGAAGAUGACCGGAAUGAGGGUGACAUCAAAAUUACUAUGCACUACAACCAGUCACAGGACACUGCAAGUCUAAAAGUGUCGUUGAGCUGUACUGUAGCAGAGCUCAUGGAGCAGGCACUCCGAAAAUGGCUGACCACUCAUAGCUCGGAGGAAAACAAAGGUUACCUUGGUGACUAUGUCCUGAGAAUCAGUGGCAAGCUGGAUUUCUUGUUUGGAGAGCACACGCUUAUUCACUACAAAAAGUAUAUCAGAUCAUGUUUGCUGGCUCAGGAGAUCCCCCACUUCACAAUGGUGCAUUGCAGUGAUGUGAUGGCCAUGUUCGAACAUGAAAUCAGCACCAUUGGAGCUGUGCUCACACGGAAGUCCUCCAAUCCUCCUCUCCCCCUUCCCCCUAAAAGAAGGGGACUGUCACAGAUGCAUACAUGUGUUUGGGAGGUCCAUUCUCUGUUUAAAAUCAUUUUGGUGAAGGGCAUUAAGGUCAAUGCAGAUGAGACAGCAAAGGUGCAGGUUCGUGCAGGGCUGUUCCAUGGUACAGAGCUGCUGUGUAAGCCAGCAGUGAGCAAUGAGAGCAGUGGCCGCUCUGAGUAUGUGUGGAACAGGACUCUGGAGUUUGAAAUUUCCAUCUGUGACCUUCCCCGCAUGGCUCGCCUCUGUUUUGCCAUCUACGCUGUGAUGGACAAAGUCAAAAAGCAGAAAUCCACCAAAAAUGCUCAAAUGAACAAAUAUCAGACUAUCCGAAAAGCUGGCAAAGUGCAUUACCCAAUAGCAUGGGUGAACACAAUGGUCUUUGACUACAGAGGACAGCUAAAGACUGGUGACAUCAUCUUACAUACUUGGUCCUCUUUUCCUGAUGAGCUGGAGGAGAUGUUGAACCCUAUUGGAACGAUCCAGACAAAUCCAUACACUGAGAAUGCCACAGCACUUCAUAUUCGUUUUCCAGAGUACUCCACACAUCCAGUCAUUUUUCCACCUUUCGACAAAAUCCUUGAGAAAGCUGCAGAAAUUGCUGGAGCUAGUGAUUCGAUGUCAAUGGGACGUGGAGGGAAGAAGUUCCACAUUGAAUUGAAGGAGAUCAUGGAAAGGGAUCCCCUAUCACAGCUAUGUGAAAACGAGAAGGAUCUGAUAUGGACUUUGCGCUAUGAUUGCAGAGAAAACUUCCCACAGUCUCUUCCUAAAUUAUUACUGUCUGUCAAAUGGAGUAAGCAUGAAGAUAUGGCCCAGUUGCAGGCUCUGUUGCAGAUCUGGCCCAGGUUACAUCCUCGAGAUGCUUUAGAGCUGCUGGAUUUUAACUACCCAGAUCAGUACGUUAGGGAGUAUGCAGUAAGUUGUCUGCAAGAUAUGAGUGAUGAGGAGCUGUCACAGUACUUGCUACAGUUGGUGCAGGUAUUGCGUUAUGAGCCAUACUACGACUGUGCCCUCACCCGGUUUUUAUUGGAGCGUGCACAGACCAAUCGCAAGAUUGGACAUUUCCUCUUCUGGCAUCUUAGGUCAGAGAUACACAUGCCAGCAGUAUCUGUGCAGUUUGCUCUGAUAUUGGAGGCAUACUGCAGAGGCUGCAUCCCUCACAUUGAAGUGCUAAAAAAACAGGUUGAGGCUCUCAGUAAGCUGAAAGCAGUGAAUGAGCUAAUAAAACUGGGAACAAUAAAGGCUAAGAAUAAGACAAAGGAGGCUCAGCUGAAGGAGGCCAUGAUGAAAUGCCUUAGACAGACUGGAUUCAUUGAGACUCUGUCUGACCUACACUCACCACUGAAUCCCCAAGUACUCCUUGGUGGUGUCAAUGUAGAGAAGUGCAGAUACAUGGACUCUAAAAUGAAGCCUUUGUGGAUUGUGUACCACAACAAGCUGCUGGUAGGAGAUACACUUGGAAUCAUCUUCAAAAAUGGAGAUGAUCUAAGACAGGACAUGCUGACUCUACAAAUCCUGAAGUUAAUGGAUAUACUGUGGAAGGAAGCAAACCUGGACCUCAGAGUCGUGCCUUAUGGUUGCCUGGCAACAGGAGAUCGCACAGGGUUGAUCGAGGUGGUGUCAUCUGCUGAUACCAUCGCCAACAUCCAAAAAAACAGCAGUAACAUGGCAGCUGCUGCAGCCUUCAACAAAGACGCUCUUCUCAACUGGCUCAAGGACAAAAACCCUGGUGAUGCUCUGGAGAAAGCAAUUGAGGAGUUCACAUUGUCCUGUGCUGGCUAUUGUGUUGCUACCUAUGUUCUGGGUAUUGGUGAUCGCCAUAGUGACAACAUCAUGGUCUGCAGCACAGGGCAGUUGUUCCAUAUAGACUUUGGUCAUAUCCUGGGGAACUUCAAGUCAAAGUUUGGGAUAAAGAGAGAGCGGGUUCCUUUCAUCCUCACACAUGACUUUAUCCAUGUCAUUCAACAAGGCAAAACGGGCAACACGGAGAAAUUUGGCAGUUUCAGACAGUAUUGUGAGGAUGCUUAUCUGAUUCUGAGGAAGAAUGGAAAUUUGUUCAUCACACUCUUUGCUCUGAUGCUCACUGCUGGCCUGCCGGAACUCACAUCUGUCAAAGAUAUUCAAUAUUUAAAGGACUCUCUUGCAUUGGGUAAGACAGAUGAAGAGGCUUUGAAACAGUUCCGGCAGAAGUUUGAUGAGGCUCUUAGGGAAAGCUGGACCACCAAAGUAAACUGGAUGGCUCACAAUGUGGCUCACCGCUCUUAAAACACUUACACAACCCAGUAUCAGAGUUUGAAAGAACAUGUGCUUGAAAAACUAUAAAAAAAAAAAAAAAAAAAAACUAUAUACGCAUGUAGAAAAAAGUCAUGACCGUUACAUUUUCUAACAGUGGUAAACUGUAAACAAGAAGAAGCUGCUGAUCUUUAAGCCUGCACAUGGCCCAAAAGGGUGAUGAGAACCAGAUCACAGGCACAGAUCUCCUCUACUUUAUCUUAUGAUUCCACUGGACAGCAACGCCAAAUUGGACCAGAGCUGGUGUGGACAAAUAACUGAGUCGUAAAGACAGAGGUUAAGAAGACAUUGACAAAAGCGAUCUUCUGAGCAUCUGCCCACUCUAAAAAGCAUACAUACUGCAACAACCCUGAACAUUUCACUCUUCAGUUUAUUGCUGUUUAGAUCCAGCAGGUGUUAAGAUUGUCCUGUCAUCUUGCAGUUGAAAGGGUGCCAUCUGCAAAAUGUCAGUGUUUAAACUGGGUUUAACUUAUUUUUCCAUAAAACAAAAACAGUAACAAUGACUCUGAAAUGGAUAUGAAAUUGGUAUUGAACAAAUAUAUGCAUCACUUGACCAUACUCUACAUUCCAAGUUAAACCCCAUAAACCACUAAAAAAAGUUUGUUAUAUUUUCAGCCAGAACCUCUCUUGUAAGUUAUUUUCCUCUACCCUUGCUGCUGAAAGAGUAGACAAGUUGUUGUAUCUAACAUGCUAUGAGAGUGAAUUCUCUACUUGACACCAAAUUUAGUGUAGUAGAUGCCUUAUCAUGUCUGAUUCAUGGUCUCCCAUAUACAUCAAGUUGAAGAAAAUGUAUCCUGCAAUAUAAGAGAACUUUUUGGGUUUUUUUUGUUUUAGUUUCUUGUUUGUUUUUAACUUGACCAUUACACAAAUGACUCAUAAGGCUAGAAUGCUGGAAUAAGAAUGACAUUGACAAUGAUAUUGUUUUACAUUAGCUGAAAUGAAAUGGAAAUAUUUGUUCAGUUUUAUUUCCUGACUGGGGCAUACCCACUGCCUUUGGAAGACAUAUGCAUCACAGCUCAUACUGUAACAUUUUAUGUCUCACACAAUGCAAAGAAUUUAUUUCUAAUUUAUGUGCCAGACUACUUUAAGGAAGCGAUUUCUAAACACUGGAAUUAAGAAUUUUGAUAGAGUUAAAAUUGAAUUUAAUAUUUUAAAUGUUUUUCAUUCCACUAGAGACUACUGUGUUUGUCUAGUAAGCAUUCAUGAAGCCAAUGCUUUAUGCCUAGUAAGCAAACAUUGAAAUUGGGCAUAGUGUUAGAGCUGAGAAUGCUUUCCUAUGUGUAGUUGUGGAGUUUGGUAGCAACAUAUAAACAACUUUAAUGUAAUGUGCUCACUUUGGCUCUUCAUGUAAAAUACAAUCUUUAGGACUUCA